AUGGCGGCCAAGAUCACCCACUUUGAUAUUCAUGAUGUCAGGUUUCCUACUUCCCUCACCAGCGACGGCACAGAUGCCAUGAACACAUCAUGCGACUACUCCUCAGCGUACAUCGCCCUCCGCACCUCCGACCCCAACCUGUCCGGGUACGGGAUGACAUUCACCAUCGGGCGGGGGAACGAUAUCGUCUGCAGUGCCAUCUCCGCAGUUGCCCAGCAGCUAGUGGGGAAGGACGUCGAGGAGCUGUUUUCAUAUAUGGGAAAGACGUGGAGUUACCUCCUCGGGGACUCGCAAUUACGCUGGAUCGGCCCGGAAAAGGGCGUCAUUCAUAUCGCCUCCGGAGCAGUGGACAACGCCCUGUGGGACAUGUAUGCCCGGAGCAGGGGGAAGCCUCUCUGGAAGCUCGUGGUGGACAUGACUCCCGAAGAGAUGGUCCGCUCGACCGCGUUCCGCUAUAUUAGCGAUGCGAUCACUCCCGAGGAAGCGCUCGAGAUGCUCAAAGCCCGCGAAGCGGGGAAGAAGGAACGGGAAGCCAAGGUCCGCGAAGUUGGUUAUCCUGCUUAUGUGACUUCUGCCGGCUGGCUGGGGUACGAUGAUGAGAAAGUCGCCAGGCUGACAAAGGAGGCCGUCUUGCAGGGGUUUAACCAUUUUAAGAUGAAGGUUGGCCAGUCGUUGGAGAAUGACCUCCGCCGAGCGAAGAUCAUUCGAAGUAUUAUUGACAACCCGGAGUAUACGACCAAGGCCGUCGACCCGGAGAGCAUUGAGGGCAAGAACGCUGGCCCGACGGGGAGCGUAUUCAUGAUCGAUGCGAACCAGGUAUGGGACGUGCCCGAGGCCAUCGACUAUGUGCGAGCGAUGGCAGAGGUCAAACCCUGGUUCAUCGAGGAGCCUACAGCACCAGACGACAUCCUAGGCCAUGCGACAAUCCGUAAGGCGCUGAAGCCGUACGGGAUUGGCGUCGCUACGGGGGAACAUGGGCACAAUAGGAUCCUGUUCAAGCAGCUGCUGCAGGCACAGGCGAUCGACGUCUGCCAGAUCGACUCGUGCCGUCUUGCGGGUGUCACGGAGGUCCUGUCGGUCCUUCUCAUGGCGGCGAAGUUCGGCGUCCCCGUCUGCCCCCACGCGGGCGGUGUCGGCCUGUGUGAAUAUGUGAUCCACCUCUCGCUCAUAGACUACAUCGCCGUCUCCGGGAGCAUGGAGCGUAAUGUGCUGGAAUACGUUGACCACUUGCACGAGCACUUCAUCUACCCCUGCUCGAUCAACAAGGAUGGGAGGUAUAACGUCCCCUCCCAGGCUGGGGAAGGGUAUUCGAUCCAGUUCAAGGAGAGCGCGUUUGAAGAAUUCGAGUAUCCCCAGGGGAGGUAUUGGAGAGGCGUGUUGGGGAAGGCUAAGACGAACGGCGCGAACGGUACGAACGGUACGAACGGUACGAACGGUACGAACGGUACGAACGGUACGAACGGUACGAACGGGGUCGCACAUUAG